CUUCCAGAUCCAAAGGCCGGCCUGACACAGGAGACCCGGAUGGAUGCACAGCAUACCAAAACAGGCAAUGCAAGCCCGCGAACGGGUAUCACCGGUCUCGAUGUCUUCUCCGCUCUCUUUGCGGUCGUCGGCGACAUCGCUGACAACUUCGACCAAACAGAGGCUCAACUACAGGAGAUCAAAGACAAGCUAGAAGAGCUGGACCAACAAAUCAACCAACUAUCAUCACAAAUCAGCAAUCUACACGCUGCUGUGGAAGCGGGAAAUCAGUGGGUGGCGGGCGUUAUUCUUUACGGGCGUUAUGAACAGAGGCUUCGCUUCUUGCUACACUACUUGAACGCGAGGCUGAGUGUUGACGACAACGGACAGUUUCAGCCAGACAGUCGGGCUCAGGAAUGGGCUGAUGAAGUGCUAGGUCUUUCAUCGGACGGGGUGGAAGAGAUCCUUUUCCACCUACAUGACAUGAUGAUGGGCACAUCGGGCCUGUUUGGGGGUAGGUCUCUUUUUCUUAUCUAUGAGGCCCGAAUGGAGGCCGCUUCAAACCGGUACUGGAAUCAGGUGCAUGACUUCCUUGAGUACGUCGUUUCUCUGGAGGUGUCAGGGUAUGCUGCCAAAAGAACUGCUCUCCACAUUAAGGGGAGAUCAAGCAAGACAGCGGACAUACUGGAUGUUGGCAGGGAGAGGAUUCGGCAACAAGGGGCCUACCUGGAUCCAUUUGUGAAAGAAUGGCCAACUGGAACCUACGGCCUGCCGAUGACCAACACGGGUUGCCCGGCCUUUGCAGACGUAACCUGGCACGAAGGUCAGCGCUUCCAGGACCAGGACGGGGCCUCCCUCAGCAGCUGGAGUAGCGGGCUUCACUUUCCAAGCAACACCUACUACGGCGGCCACAUGAUCCAGAAAUUCUGCAUGAAGACUUUCAGUUACGAAGGGAGUGGUAAUUGGCCGAGGGGGAGCUACUGCAUUUUCCAGAAGUGGUCUUGCCCAAGCGGAUUCCAAACAGGGUCUGUGUACUGGGAUGAUGAAGACAAUGGCAACGACAACACUGUGAGUGGAUCCUACCCAGAUGGCGUGUACAACACCAACACCAGGAUCUACUUCUGUUGCCGCAGCGACGGCAACCGUCGGACUCCCAUCCUUCUACCGUCCCGCCGACCCUUCUACCUGUUCCGCCAAUCCUCAUAUGGAUGCCAGGAGGUGCUGAACAUGCGAGUUACCGAAGAGUACUACCUAUGGGACGAUGAGAACUCCUACAAUGAUGACACCAACUGGGGAUCCCACCCAUAUGACAGCGGUGAUGGUCGCAACCACAAGCUCUGGUACUGCUACUACCAGCCUAACUAGUGAGAAACAACCAGAUACCAUUUACCCAAAAGAAAACUCUUUUGGCUAUUCAGUGUAUUCAAGCACUUUUUCUGAUUAAACGUUACAUUCCAGGUGUAAAAAGAUGUUGCUACAUGUAUGUUCGAAAACUGUCAACACUUUGACCCUGAAACUGCAAACGCUAAAAAAAUGAAAGCCUACUGCG